UGAAAGUGACCGCGGGGCUUGACGGGACUUGUAGUUAGAAUCUGCGGUCGCCGGUUGCUGCCUACGUUGCUACCUGCAGCGUCGCGGUUACUAAGGAGUGGGUGGGGAAGGCUGUGGCAAGCGCCACCGUGGAGCGACUCCGAGAUUUCCGUGAGGCUCGCAGGCGUGCAUCCCGCCUGACAGGGUCAACGCCUCCGCGGACUGUUCGGAGGCGGAAACGACGCCGCAGGCAGGUAAAGAGACAGGUAAAGAAACAAAAACAAAAGGAAGGCAAAGCGUCAUUCCCGAGGUCAAAGGUCAGGGAGAUGGUAUCUUCAGGAAUGUACAAAAUGGACACUGGCAAUCCUUGCCUCAACAACUGCUUUCCAGCCAAAAGUCUCCUUCGGAUGCCGGAAGAAGGCCAAGGACACUGGUUAGUGACUCGGAAAGGCAGCAUGAAGAAGGGUGUGGCUAAGGCAUCCAAAGAAGGUCAGGAAAACCUGAAGAAGGUUUCCUUUGAUACUGGGCUGAAGAAAGUAUCUCGGCGGGAUAGCCAUGCAGACAUCCUUGGGCACGUCUUGGACCGGGCUUUUCUGCUGAAGCACCACUGUGUGGCGAAGCCAGCCGACCUCUGCACUAUCAACGUGAGCGGCAUGAAGUUCUCCAAGGCCAAGGAAAAGGACUUCAAACAUUUUACAUCUGUGAUUUAUAUCAAUGCCUCUGAAAACCUGCUACCUCUAGAUAUCUUCCACUCAUUUCCAGCCCUAAAGGAACUGGAGCUUGCGUUCAAUGGCAUCAAGACGGUCUAUGUGAAAUAUGGAGAUUUCAAGACAUUGGAAUUCUUGGACCUUUCCUUCAACAGCCUGACUGAGGAGGCCAUCUGUGAUCUGGGGAUUCUGCCACAUCUCCGUGUGCUGCUCCUCACAGGCAAUGGGCUCACCUCUCUGCCGCCUCACAUGGCUGUCAUAGAACAGGAGGCAUCCAUGACACAACUGACAAGCAAGAAGUACAUCCUAAGGUUCCCAGCCCUGGAGACCCUGAUGCUGGAUGACAACAAACUGUCUAAUCCCAACUGCUUUGCCAGCCUGGCUGGCCUCCGGAGAUUGAAGAAGUUGAGCCUGGACCAAAACAAGAUUUUCCGGAUCCCGUACCUACAACAGGUUCAGCUCCAGGCUGGCUCAGGGGACUGGGUUACAGAGGGGCCAAAUUCCCAGAAAGAUCUGCAGCCCCAGACGUGGGUAUUUGAGGCCUCGGAUGAACAACCAAAUUAUACUGUACUGCCCAUGAAAAAGGACGUUGACCGCACAGAGGUUGUGUUUUCAUCUUACCCUGGAUUUUCAACCUCACAGUCAGCCAAGGUAUGCUCACUUCCUCCCAUAUUUGAGAUUCUUCCUGUGAAGUCACUGAAAGCAAGGAACCAGACGCUGGCCCCACCUUUCCCAGAGCUGAGAUACCUUAGCCUGGCCUACAACAAGAUCGCAAAGGAGGAUGCUGUCCUGCCAGCAGCUCUCUUCCCCUCUCUCUGUGAGCUUGUCUUUCACAACAACCCUCUAGUAGCGCACACCCGAGGGAUCCCACCACUGCUGAAGAGCUUCCUCCAGGAGCGCCUGGGCAUCCGCUUAGUUCGAAGGAAACUGGUAAAAGGCAAACACCACAUAUUGAUGCCUCGGAAGGAAUCACGGAAGGUGAAAACCUAUGUCCCCAAGGUGCCAAGGCAUUGUCUGGUCCCCCAUCACCUAAACGUGACUGCAGAUGAGGCUCCCUCAAGUCUUGUGCUGGAACCAGAGUCAGGAACCGAGCAGCUACCCCCCACCGAAAACACCUCUCAUGAGGAACUGUUGGCCACUGAGGGCUCAGAAGGCCCUCCCCCAACUCACAGGACCUUUGUGCCGAUGCCUCCUGUCUGCUCCGACUCCACCAUGCACAGUGAGACGGUGCCCCACCCAAGCCGUACAGCCAACCUCUUGAGCCCAGAGCACCCAUCCGAUGAUGCCAAGAGUACGGAGUCCAUCUUCCUGACCCAGGUGAAUGAGCUGCCAUCCUCCACCACCCACAGGGAAAACUUAGAGGCACAGGAGAGUGAGCAAAGGAGACCUCUAACGGCACCCCGAGAGGCAAAGAGGACUAAGAAGAAGCAGUCCGUGGCUUCCAUGGGCCACAAGUACGAUGGCUACGAGGAGCUACUCACAGCCAAGCCUGAUCCGGCCUUUGUGGAGCCAAAGGGCAUCCAGAAGAACGCACAGGCCCUGCAUCGCAUGCUGAAGCAGCCGCUCAUCUGCCGCUCCUCCAAGCCUAGGCUGGACACUUUCCAGAAACCCUAUGCCCCCAAGGAGAAGAGGGUUGGGAGGAUACCAAUUCCACCCCCACGGAAGACCCGAGCGCAGCUACUGGAUGACAUCCUCAUUCGCCUGCGGGACCCUCGGAAUGUUACUGAGGCUCCAUUGGGCGCUGUGCUGCAGCGGCGCGCACAGCAGCGCCUGGUGAACCAGAAGCAGUACCGGGAGGCCAAGCGGCUGCUCAAGGAGUUCCGCGCACGCUACCGGCAGCUAGUGCGCAGCUCCUUGCGCACUGUGUUCACCAGCAGCGCGCCGCCGGCCAGGCCGCCCACCCGCCGUGCGCUGAGCGCUGGCCAACCAAAGUUGGGCCGUUUCCUCGAGUUCAUGGACGAGUUCUGCCAGGAGGCCACGGCCAGCGACUCGAAAGAGUAGAGCUGUGCACCGAUCUCCCCAAGGGCUCUGCGCCCCGGACCGUGCCUAGCCCUGAACAGAGGGGGCCUGGGCUCCAUUUUGCUGCUCCGUGGUCAGCAUGGAGAGCUCAGCAGGACCUUGCCUCUGAGCCCAGGCAGACCGCACAAGGUGGCUGGCCCCGCAGCAAUAAAGAGUGGUGCAU